AGCCGAACUGCCUACAAGAGACGAGCAAUGAGAAUUAGAGAAACAGGAACUAGGAGAGAUGGCGGGAGUAACAGAAACAGAAAUGAGACAAGGAGGCAGGCCGAUGUAUCCUUCUGCAAGGGGCCCUCCACAGUCUCGACCUCGUUUCGGGCCUGUCGAUCGCGAGAAGACUUGUCCUUUAUUGCUUCGAGUUUUUACUAAGAUUGGGGGUCAUCAUUCCAGGGAGGAUUUUGCAGUUAGAGGGAAGGAGCCUAGGGAUGAGGUUCAAAUUUACACAUGGAAGGAUGCUACUCUCCGAGAGUUAACUGAUCUGGUCAAGGAAGUAGCAUCAGCUGCUAGAAGAAGAGAUGCGAGACUGUCUUUUGCUUUCGUGUAUCCUGAUAAGAAUGGUCAUUUUGUAUUGAGAGAGGUGGGGAAGACUUUCUCAUAUGGAAAUGGAAGGCGACUAGAUGAUGGCAAAGCAUUGGCUGAACUUGGUUUUGAGAUUGGAGACUACUUGGAUGUGGCGAUUCUUUAAAAGAAGUUUUCAACCGUAAUAACUCUUUUAUAGAUUGGUUGUCGUGAUUGUGAAACAUUAUCAUGGAAGGCUUUGCCUGCAAUUUUCGCUGAUCUUUGGCUUCACAUGUGCUUGAGGUGUAUGGUGUUAUUAACAUGAGUUGAUGUUGUGGUGAGUGACGUUUUUAGAACAUUAGGAAAGAAAUUGGCCAUGGUAGAUGAUUUUUACUUUCAGUUUGGAAAUCAAACUCCCCGGUGUAGAAUGAAUCAAAAAACCCCCCACGAUGGGUUUAAUAAUUAGAAAACUUGAUUAAAAUGUUUUUAGGUCAUCACAUCUUCACUACCAUCACGAUUUUCUUAUAACUAGAGUUAAAUUUAAUCUAAAUCGAAUCUAAGUUUAAUUUGAAAUCAGAUUGAAUGUAAAAGAGUUAUUUUGAGGUCUAUUGACUGAAAAUCUGAAACAAAAAAUUAUUAUGUGUUUUUGGGCCUAGAUAUCUUUGUUAGUUAUACUGACGCAUAUUCGUUUGAGUCAGUGUUGCUGCUGGUGGUCGGACUAGCUUUGAUUGAAACUGCAUUAAAAUUGUAUAUUUAAUUGCAUUAUUAGAGAUUUUCUUGUUGAUUAGAUGCAAAUGUGAACCUAAAUUAAGAUUUCAAAUAAUAAUAAUAAUUUGGAAAUUAAUUAAUAAUUCUUUAUAAUUCGCCUGAGAAUGGAAAAAACUAACAAGUGAUAAAGUUGAAGAUAACGUUCCUUUCCUUGCCCUACUUAUAUAAAUAUAUAUUUCUAAUUAUAUGAUAACUUUAUGUCUACGUAUACAUUUAUAUAGCAAAAAUGUGUAUACUCAUGUCUGGUCCCAGGCCCAGCAGAGGCGCAGCGCUGAACGACGCCGUCUAGUCCGAAAGCGAAGAUCCGGUGCUUCCCUCCAUUCCAUGCCAUUGUUGGCUGUUAAUAAUUCUUUGAAAAUUUAUAUUGGCUCUCAAUCAUAUUAUCCCGCACUGGUGUCCGCUUUUUUCUUCGUCUAUUCGCUUUCUUAUGCCUUGCUGCCGACUCUUACUCAACUCGUCCGCCAGAGGUUUUGAUAGGUAAUGACGUUAAGCCGGGGAGUAUCCAGUACAGGUCUUCACAGAAAAAAUGGUGGAGGACCUCGAUUGCCUAUUGUACUCGUCAUUUUCUUCUCAGUUCUAGCGCCGUUAAUUUUCUUCAUCGGCCGAGGGAUUUACACUUCUACAUUCUUUGAUUCAAACAUAUGUACUGUUUUGUGGUUAUCUUUUGGAUGAUAGAUUCUAGUUUCUCUUUUAUUUCCUGCGCUAAGGGAAAGGAUGAAAGAAUUAUUGAUAAGGGAAAAGUUUUUGGCUGAAUGGUGCAGACUUUACAUUGGAGAGAAAGGUCAUUGAUGUUAUUGAGGCCAGCACAAUUGAUUUGGGCCCCUUGAGUUUUGAUUCUUUGAGAAAGAACAACAUUUCUGCUUGAUGGAGAUUUGUUGCAGUAGAGACUUCUGUUGAGAAUAAUGCUACAACUUCUGAGAUCAGAUAGCAAAUGUGAGAAGAGAAACACCCAAGUGGAAACAUGACAAUUUUUUGGCUGAUCAUUCUCAAUUCAUUGAUACACCUACAAAUCAAUAUCGCAAUUGAGAGAUAAAAGGCAUGAAAAGCAGGCUGCUGAGAUGUUGUGACAAGAUGAUGAAGCUAUUGUGAAGCUGGAAAAUGCAGCCAUUGAACGCUUCAAAUCUGUAGACUCUGCUGUCCUGGGAAAAUACAGCAUAUGGAGGAGAUAAAAUGAGAAUGAGAAUUCCGAUUCUUCUGUGCGGCUGAUGCAAGAUCAGAUGAUAAUGGCAAGAGUAUAUUUAAGUAUUGCAAAGGUUUAGGAGAGGCAACAACUGAUGCGGAUUUACAUAUCAGGUGGCUGCACUUUGGAUCUUUAAUCUUGACUGGAUUCCAUUUAGUUUGCUUUCAUUUUUUAAUUUUUCCUGUGGUUCUGGCUUUUUUAACUUUGUUUUAUUCGAUGUCUUUCAUGUGUGGCGAACCUGAGAAAAUUAGAGCAAUGGGUCAAGUUCUGUCAAAAGCAAAGAGAGCAAUUGUAUGACUGUAAGUUGGUUACUGCAAAGCUGAGAGAGCUAUACUUCAAACAGCAGAUGAACAAGUUAGAAUCUUAAAGAAACAGAGCACAUUUUUGAGUCAGUUGGCUGCCAAAACAAUUCCAAAUGGAAUACAUUGCUUGUCUAUGCGCCUUACCAUUGAGUACUAUCUUCUUCCUCUAGAGAAAAGAAAUUUCCUAGAGGUGAGAAUUUGGAAAAUCCAAAUCUCUAUCAUUAUGCUCUCUUUUCUGAUAAUGUCUUGGCUGCAUCAGUUGUUGUCAACUCAACCAUCAUGAAUGCCAAGGAUUCCUCAAAACAUGCAUUCCAUGUUGUGACCGAUAAACUCAACUUUUGAGUGAUGAAUAUGUGGUUACUUCUCAACUCUCCUGGAAAGGCAACUAUUCAUGUGGAAAAUGUUGAUAAAUUUAACUGGCUUAACUCAUCCUACUGCCCUGUUUUGCAACAGCUUGAAUCUGCCUCUAUGAAAGAGUAUUAUUUCAAGGCAGAUCAUCCUGCGACUCUUUCUUAUGGGUCUUCAAAUCUGAAAGUAUCGUAACCCAAAGUAUCUCUCAAUGCUUAACCACCUCAGGUUCUAUCUCCCUCAGGUCUAUCCUAAGUUGGAAAAAAUCCUGUUCCUUGAAAAUGAUAUUGUUGUCCAAAAAGACUUGACCAAAUUGUGGUCAGUGGGUCUUCAUGGAAAAGUGAAUGGUGCUGUAGAAACCUGUGGUGAAAGCUUUCAUCGUUUUGACAGGUACCUAAACUUUACAAACCCACAUAUUGCAAGACACUUUGAUCCAAACGCUUGUGGAUGGGCAUUUAGGAUGAAUAUGUUUGAUCUGAAGGAGUGGAAAAAGAAAGAUAUCACUGGCAUAUAUAACAAGUGGCAAAAUAUGAAUGAAGAUAGGACACUUUGAAAGCUUGGCACAUUGCCUUCGGGACUGAUUACAUUUUAUGGUCUGACUCAUCCACUUGAAAAUCAUGGCAUGUCCUUGGUUUGGGUUACAAUGCUAGUGUUGAUCAGUCAGAGAUUGAUAGUGCUGCAGUUAUCCACUAUAGUGGUAACAUGAAACCAUGGCUGGAGUUGGCAAUGACAAAGUAUCGAUCAUAUUGGACCAAGUAUAUAAAGUAUGUUCAUCCCUACCUUCAGAGCUGUAAUGUAAGUGAAUAAACCUGGUAAUGGGCAUUAAGGUAGUGUCAAAUGCUCUCUUUCUUUCUCUCCAGGGAUGGAAUUCAGUUUUUCAUGCUACAUGUACCUUCUCUCUAUUCGGCAUUGUUUACUGUUCUUUGUAAUUCAUUAGAUUCAUUCUUAGUCAUCAACUGAAGCAAGAUAACAAAUUCUAUGUUUACCUGUAGAAUCACCAUUUUUUUUGAGAGAUGUUCAAUUUGAACAGGAAAUAGUGAACCUUAUAUAAAUGUGAAUUUUCUGUGUUCA